ACACACAAGAAAUGAGCUAAAUCUGUGUCUCAAGCAAAAUCGACCGGACCGCUCUUACAGAGACACUCUCUUAAUACUUAACGUACUUUACAUCUUCCUUUGCAACAAUAAAUUUCUGACACUGAUUGACUCUUUGCAAAUUUCUUCAUACCUGUAACCUCCUACCGUCUCAAAUGCCAGAAAUAUAGUAAAAGGUCUCAUAAACAUGAGAUCUUUUACCUACAUUAAUGACGUCCAUUUAAAACCAUAGUAGCCUGGAGAGUAUGUUCAUGGCCACCUCUAGCUUGCUGACUAAUACAUAAAUCAUUGUGCACAGGAACACCAAGAGUCUCAGUGUCCUUCCGUCCCUGUGACUUGCACAGAAUGUGGGAGAAAGGACAUACCUCGUUCUCAGGUGAGUUAUGCUCUGAGAGGUUUCCUUCUUCCUGGUGUUCUGCUGUUACACACUCCUCGAAAAAAUGAUUCCAGAUUUAAAUUUGUUCUGCAACUAGGGCUUUUCACAAGUUGGUCGGCAAACUUUUUGGCAUUUUUUCGUAUUUUGAGCAACUUUUUGCAUUCUGAGAAAUUUCUCCAGUUAUCUUCUAAUUCUGAGAUAUCGGAGCAGCUUUUAGUGCUUAAAUUGGCCUUUCUUCCAUAUUUCACAAUGUUUUAGUAGACAAUUUAUGAAUUUCCUGUAAAAAAGGGGCCAAAUCCUACCACCUGGGGCAGAUCAUGGGCGCAAGAUAAAAGCAGCCGGGCUGCUAGGUCAGUGGGUCUUAGAGAAAAUUCAAAAUGGUGGACGAAGAUUCACCCUCGACUGACUUGAGUGUCUCGGGUGAAGAAGGUCAUUCAACAAUUUUUUUGGCUAACUACAUUUUUUGGUUUUAUUGAGGAUAAAGUUAUUUAGCAACGCUGGUUACGCCGCAAAAUUGUAGAAAAAUGCUUAGAAAUCUUACGUUUGUUGUAUGAUUUGCAUAUUUUAGCAUCAGACCAAAAAAAGUUUUAUUUUUUUCCAGCAACUUUUGAGCAACUUUCGAUACAAAGGCAAAUUUUGAUUGUUGUUUAAGCAACUUUUGAGCAACGUUUUGGAAAAUCUCGAGCAACUUGUGGAAAGCCCUAUCUGCAACGCACGCAUAAAUGCGUAAAUGGGUUCUUACCAGCUAGCUCCUAGACAGUAACCCCGAAAUAAUACGUUUGAGGCUUAAUUUUGGCUUCUAUCUUUCUUACUCAGAUGCGUGCCCAUAUUGAUCUGGUAAAUGGAGACUGUGAGGAAUCACAAUCAAGUUGUCCAUGGACGCAAAUUGGAUGCCCUGAGACUAAGGUAUGCAAAUACUUAAUAUUAUGUUAGAGGCGUAUUUAAUAGGCCACCGUUAAAAGCAAAUGGCAAUCAGGAACUGUUUUUUCGUGAAAGGUCACCACACGUUAUGAGAUGCCACGAUUUUCCCUUGUCAGAGCGACAUCAGACUACUUGUUUGUAAAACAGGAUGUUGCAUAGUGGGGAGCGGGGGGGUAGGAGGGGGGGAGAGGAGUCUAUUAGGAAAACUCACACUACUUUUAAUGCUUUUGAGACUUAAUAAACUAUGUUGUUUUGUUUUUGUACGUUGUUUUCGUUUUCUUUAGACUAUGAAGCUGCGAGAACGAAGGAAGCAUGAAGAGGGAAAUGCUUCCGGUCACUUGAUGCUCCUGUUUCAAACCGUAAUGCAGCUCUUCUCGAUGGUUGGUAGGACCAUGAGGGAAUCUGGACACGUGUCAAUGAAUGGCGUAAAUCUACCAACACAGAAAGAUUUGGAACGCUAUGCUAAACAAGUUGAGAAUACGCUGAAAGAGAAUGAAGAACUAAAAUCAAAACUGGUUCAACAAGAAGAAAGAAUACGGCAACUGGAAAGUUCUAGACAGAAUAGCUCAAAUUCAGCAUCAGCAUUUGAUCCAACGUUUGUCAAGGAGCUUUUACAGAGGUUAACUACAGAAGAAGGAAAGACGGCCAAUCUCGAGCUUUUGCUCGUUGAAGCAAACAGAUUAAGCGAAGAACUUCAGAGAAAAGUGUCUACCGUAGCCAGGCAACAGGAGUCUUCGACUGGAACAACUGAUCGGCUACAGAGACAGUUCGAGUCUAUGAGCCACUCACUAGCACUUCGUAAUGUAAUGCUGACAGAUUUGGACGAAUAUGUGAGGCAGCAGGAAGUCUCCAGUCACGAUGGAAUCUUGCUUUGGAAAAUCACCGAGUUCGUUAAAAAACGGCAAGACGCCGUCUCCGGGCAUCAGACGUCAGUUUACAGCCCGUGCUUUUUUACCAGUCGCUAUGGAUAUAAGAUGUGCGCCCGCAUCUAUUUAAAUGGUGAUGGUAUUGGAAGAGGGACACACAUCUCGGUAUUCUUUGUUGUCAUGCGUGGUGAGUACGAUGCGUUACUCCGUUGGCCAUUCAGACAGAAGGUUACGUUCAUGCUGCUGGAUCAGAAUAACGUAGAACACGUGAUCGAUUCCUUCAGACCUGAUCCAAACAGCUCAUCCUUCCAGAGACCAAGAAGAGAAACAAACAUCGCUAGUGGGUGCCCUACAUUCUGUCCCUUGUCGGAAUUAAACGAUCAUGCCUACGUCCGAGACGAUACUAUGUUUCUGAAGGUCAUAGUCGAUACGACGGAUUUAUAA